UCGACCGACCUGAAUUUUUUUCUAUUAGUUAGACUACAAUUUUAAUAUCUUCUGUGCAUUCGUUAUUCAUUGAUUAGAUUUAUACAAUAAACCGUGUUCUAUCUCUCAUAGAAAUAGUGGUGUCACAAUUAGUAAAAAUUAUUUACUUUAAAGACACAAAUCAUCAGUUUAUAGAAAUUAUUUAUUUAGAAAACAUAUGACGUCACAUUCUAUUAAUAGAAUUAUACAAUUAGUAAGAUAAAUUAAUCAAGUGUCCUAUAUAUAUACAUAUAUAUUAAGUGUUGUCUAUAUAAUACUCACAAGAGACUAAAGUUAAUUUAUAAAAAUGAGGAACUUGAAUUGUGGUAUAUUUCAUAUAUUUUAUUUAAUGACCAUUUUUUCAACAAUCCAAGGUGUAACAUACCAUGGAUCGACUGAAGUACAAGAAGAAAAUCCAUGGAGUAUUGAAUGCAGAGGUCUCAAAGCAGAUGAUAAAGUAUCUUGGACGCGAAAUGGUCAACGUCUUGUUGAUGAACUAGGAUCGGGUGAUAUUACAGUCACGAAGAUUGACAAUGGUGCAAGUUUGUUAAAGUCACAACAAGCUAAAGAUUUUCAUGAAGGAAAUUAUAAAUGUAUACCAAAUAGUAAUGUUACUUUUCACUUGACUGUUAAAAGUGUUACAAAGAUAAAAGUUAUCCCGCCAAAAGAGGAAUUACGCAUUGAGUGUGAAAAUGUUACUUCUGGUGAUGAAGUAGUAUGGAAGAAAGAUGGAGUAGAUGUAAAGCAAAAAUUCGCAUCAAAAGAUGGUUUGGUUGAAGUUGAAAACAAUAGUGGAGUUUUAAAAAUUCUGAAAGAUCAUGCAGAUGUUUUGGGUCUUUAUAGUUGUAAUACUUCUUCCAAUGCAAUGACAUCUAUACGAGUUGUUGCUCCACCAACAGCUAAAAUCUCUGAAUUCGUGAGUGUUGUCGAAGGUGAAAAGCUUCAUUUAACCUGUUCGGGAUCACAUAGUCCAGGAAUCAAAAUAAGCUGGCUUUUUGCUGGAAAAAAUUACACCAACAGCGAUGGGCGUGUACAAUUGAUGCGUGAUGAAGAUCGUGGAAUUAAUCGUGCAGUAUUAAAUGUGGAUCACAUUGAGAUGAGUGAUCGUGGUGAUGUCACAUGCUGGGCAUUGUACGACUCUGAUGAUAUGCAAUACACUGCUCAUUCAACAGGAACACUCAGAGUUAAAGAUAAAUUAGCUGCAUUAUGGCCAUUCCUUGGUAUUUGUGCUGAAGUUAUUGUUCUCUGUGCUAUCAUUCUGAUAUAUGAAAAGAAACGCAACAAAUCAGAACUUGAGGAGUCUGAUACUGAUCAAAGUCCUGACACGAAACCAACGCCUAACAAGGACUCAGAUGUGAGACAAAGAAAAUAAAAUGUAAAAAUUAAGUGUCACAUUGGAGAGGAAGUCAAUACAAUGUCAAUGGUUUCAGUAUAACUUCCAAACUUAUAAUAAAAUAGCUACUUAUUUCUUUCUAAAUAUAAAGUAAGAAUAAGUUUAAAAUAACAACUUACAUACUCUACAAUUUUUAUUAUUCAUUAGUGAUUAUUCAUUUCAUUCAUAGAACUAUUAAUAAAAAAAAAAGUUUGCUAUAAUUUCUAAAAGAUAAAACAUAACAAAGAAACAAUUGUUUCUGAUAUAUCUACUAAUAUUAUCUGAUAUAAAAACUUUGGAUAUUUCUUAUGAUGUGUAGGUUUUUACCACAAUUGCAAUGAAAACAAAUAAGAUGCUUUUUCAAAGUACGUACAUUAUAUAUUGAUAUGAAAUAAUUAUUAUGUGCACUGUUAGAAUUAUUAUUAUGUGUAUACAUAGGUUAAUCGAUAUUAAAAAUUUUAAAUUUAUUCAAAACUGAGUUUUUUCUGUAUGUAACACAUAACAAAGAAACAUUUAAAUUCAUUUUAACAUCCCAUCGUUUUUGUUAAAUGCCAAAAUGUUAUUCUAUUUUUUAGAACAUAUAUCUUCAGAUGU